CUCCGCCAGCUCGAACUGAGCGGACAGAUCAAGGCGCAACGCGAUACACAUCUCAAAUCUGCUUCCACACGCGUAUCAGUUGAUGUUUUCGAUAUUGUCUGUACUUUCAAUUUUCUUUGGAUCCAUUCACGCCUGCCAACACAAUGGUGGUCCCCGUGAUUGAUACGCCGCGUACGGAGGCAGGCAACGCAACCUAUUUAAACAGUAUCAAUGAACCGGACUUUUCGAUUGAAAACUCAUUUCGCUCGCCUUCUAAAGAAGGGAAUGAUCUCCUCAAACAAAUACAGGCUAGUCGCGCUGGGAUGAACCUGAAAACUCCCCGAUCACGAGGAGCCCGUGGGCAGCCUGAGUUCACGCCCUUGCUCAAGAGCGCUACAAGGAACAACAUUAUUCGCCGUCAAAGCUAUGGAAAGGGCUUUGAUAUUCCUCAGACUCCAGCAUUCCUAAAGCCUGGGUAUCAACCUUCAGAAAGUCCGGCAUUGCCUAUGGAGAGUUCGGGUCUCUACGAUGAACAAACCAGGAGCUCUUUUGCGGGAGGAACUCCGUUACCGCACAUUUCAAGCAGCAGCGCAGCGUCAACGCCAAUAGCUACUCUGCCAAGGCGGGAUGCUGAGGAUGUUUUGGCAAAUGGUGCGAAUGCUAUGACAUUGAAAGAACAAGAGAAUAUUAUCAACAGAAUCGAGAAAGACAACUUCGGACUUAAGUUGAAGAUUCAUUUCCUCGAAGAUGCUCUCCGCAAAGCUGGGCCAGGAUUCAGUGAAGCCGCGUUAAAGGAGAAUACGGAGCUCAAAGUCAACCAGGUCACUCUUCAGAAAGAGCUGCAUCAGUAUCGGAAAACUAUACGCUCCGCAGAGCACGAAUUAGAAACAUACAAGCAGGACUUGAUGGAUAUGCAGGAGAGAAUGAAGCGUAAAUAUGCCGAUGCCGGACAACGGGAGGAACUCGAGCGGUUACGAGAAGAAAUAAAUGUGAAGAAUGACGAACUUGCGGACCUUAGACAAAAAGUGGGGGCUACUGAUGAUGAUCGAAAGGAUGAAUUAGAAGGCCUCAGAGAUGAUAUUCGAGAGAAGGACGCGGAGAUGGAUGAAUUGAAAGACGAACUUGAAGACCUCCGGGAGAGACAAAAGGAUGAGCUCGAAGACCUAAGAGAAAAUGUCUCUUCUAAAGAUGCUGAAAUCGAAGAAUUGAGACAGAGAUUGAAGUCUGUCGAGGAAGGACAAGAGGCCGAACUAGAGGAGCUUGAAAACGACAAUGGUGAAAAGCAAGACAGGAUAGAACAGCUCGAGAAUGAGAAGGAGAAGUUACAGGAGAGGUUCAAGCGAAUGCAGAUGGAUGACCGCCAGCAACUCGAGAAGUUUGCAACGCAUAUGCAAGCUACCGAGGCAGAAGUUGAAAGAUUGAGGAUCCAGUUGCGUCACGCAGAAAACACAUCCAAAGACACAACUAUCAGCAAACAACAGAUCGUUGAAUUGGAUCAAUUUAGGGUUGUCGUUCCUCAAAAGGAUGCAGAGAUCCAAAAUCUGAGGCGGGAGCUCACAGAGCUAGAGGACGCUUUCAGGGUGAGACUCUCAGAGAAGGACCUCCAACUUGAGCAUUUGGGAAAUGAUGUUCGGGACAGGGAAACACGGAUAAGAGAGCUGAAAAGCAACCCCACGGAUGCUCAAAGCUUGAAUGAGCGCUUGGGUAUUGCGGAAGAUCAGAGAAUAACCAGUCUCAAGGCUACUGUCGAGGAAAAGGAAGCUGAGAUUAAGAGUCUCAAGAACCAGGUCGAGGAGACACAAAGCCGAGUGAAGCGCAAUUUGGACUACGAAAACCAGCGCCUUGAGCGCCUUCGAGCAGAGUUCAGCGGCAAAGAAGCGGAAAAUAGUGAUUUGAAGCGAGAGCUACGCGACCUGCAUGAGCAGCUAAGAAAUAAUGAGGUGGAUGAAAACAAUCAAAUGGAGGUUGAGCAUCUUCGGACACAAAAUCGAGACAAAGAUGCAGAGCUCAGCAUUCUCAAAAAGAAGCUGCAGUUAGCCGAUAGUCUUUUUGCCCAGCUCGAGAAGGCACGCACUGAGCUCGAAGAAACUCAAUCAUUGCUACAAGAGAAAGAGAACGCCAUCUCACGGAAACAACAUUUGAUUGAUGAAAUGAAGUCAGCCACCAGCAAAGAUUCCGGUUCUGUAGCCAGACUUCAAGAGGAACUAGCUACAGCGCAGGAACAGAUACAGGAACUGCAGGAGCAACACGCAAUUUCUACGAAACGAAGCAAUUUGGUUGAACAGCAAAGACACCAACGUGAAAUACGUGGUAUGGAAGAAAAGAUCAAUGAACUAUCGGCUGAACUCGAGGCACGCCAUGAAGCUUGGAUGGAGCUGAGAUCAGAAGUCACUGCGGUCAAGAAAGAACUUGCUUCGAGCAAACGCCAGGAGGUUGUUCUCCAGGACCAGAUUCAGGGUCUAGAGGAUGAGGUUGAAAUUCUUGAGCUUAAUCUUGAGGAAGAGGUUGAAAAGACGAAGGAUGCUAUCGCAGCCCGCCAUCAUGACGCGGCGAAGUUGAACAAAAAAGAGCAUGCUCGAAAUCUUAAGGAGCAAGAAGUUGCAGAGGCCGCAAAUCGGCAACUGGAGCGCAGUAUGGACAAGCUUAAGCAAAAAGAAAGACGCCAUCAGCUAGAGCAGCGAGGGUUGAUGAAGAGUAUACACUUCCUCAAUGCUAAAUGUGCCAGGCUUGAAGGAUUUAGAGCCGAUUUGGCGUAUUCAAAGGAGUACUACCAGAGGCAGAUUGAUAUGUACAAUGCUUGCAACAAACUAAAUUUGAAGAUGAUUGCUGAGAUGGGCAUUGUCGUGGACGUGAAGGAGCCAGAAAAGAAGCUCACUUUCAGAGUGGUUGCUCGUAUGGUUCAGGCCAGCGUUCGAAUGAAGAAGCUGCAAGAAGAGUGGUCGGUACACAAGCAACUUCGAGACGCCAUUCUAGCACAGCUUGAGCACAGCAAGCGUAAGAUGAGACGAGGCUUGCCAUAUUGAAUCUUGAAACUGGGCUAUUUAAAGCAGGGAACUUUUUGUCACCAGGUUGAAUCAUUUUGCUAAGACCAAAGGCUAUAUAUAAUAUUUUUUUUUGGCGUUCAAGAGCGCUGUUAUGACUACUUUUGGCAGGGUGAUAACUUGGGGUCAUGGGUUCGGCGUUGAUUUAUGAAAUUCUAGGUGUAUUUUCUGGCUCCAAGGACGAUACUUCAGGAGGAUCCAAAUGUCAUAUUAUAUCCUGCUCGAUAUUUUUCGAUAGAGAGAUAUUACCCU